GUGCCUCAGGAUAUCUCUGUCUGACGUUUACUCGGCACCAUGGUCUGAAAUCAACCUGACCAGGAACCACCAACUUCAAUCCGUCAAAGGAUUGCUCUUCAUCACGGGGAUCUGGAUAUUGCGGCAUAUUUUGCAUCCGGCUAUUGCGAAAUAUUCCGAACUACUGUACUGAGGCGAAGGAUAUCGACCAUGAAAUAUUCUGGAUCUCUCGCACAGAAGAAGAAUCUCUUGUCGUCCUCAUCGAUUCACUUCUGCAGCUCAAGUGACCUGGAGUGACUCUCCUCGUAUCAUACGGUAUACGGUUCAUCAAACGAGCGAAUAACAUAAAAUUCUUGGAAUGCAUCGUUACAUAAAUGUGGCGUGCAACUCCAAGGCUUUUGGAGUUAUUCUUUCUCAAGCUCUCAAUCAUCGUCCUUUCUGCCCAGCAACCAUCUUUCAGGUACACUGCAGUGCAAGCUGGGCGUUGUUCAUGGACUUUGGACGACGAUUAGUGGAAUUACGUCGUGUUGAGUACCUGGCUUCCCAAAUGUGCGGUUGGGUCCAACAUUUUAACUUGGUCCCGUAGACUCAUCUCAGGAUGGCAUUUUUUGGACUUGGAUUUGGAGCAUCAAGCUUGCGAUCUUUGCUAAGUACACCCAGUUCAGCUCGUGAGACGUUCACCGGUCUUUUUCCGCUGGUAUUCAACGCGGACCACCGCGUGUGAUUGGCAGAAAGACCAAUUGCGCCUUCGCUUACCCCGCAUUACCCCAGAAAUUAUCCUGAAACGUGACCUCUUCCGAUGGUUCUGUGCCGGCCAAGCUGGACACACGGUCGCUAUAUCGUCAACUCUAUGUAAAGCCGUGGAACAGGUACAUAUAACAGCUAUCAAUCUUCCCGUAGCAACGCGCAUGUCCCUUUACGAAGUUGACCUCAAAAGUCGUUCCUCUACCCGCGGACUAGAUUAGUUCUGGCUCCCCCACACUAAUGGCUUAUCCGGAAUGGACGAUUGUCGACUUCAUCCACAGAGGUCCAUGGUGGCAAAAUCGUGGUAUCCGGUUAUUGAACCUGUGGUUGUGCCUCCCUCUGCUAACGUCAUGUAUCAAUGGGCUGGACUCGUCGCUGGUUAACGGUCUACAAAUUCUUCCAGAUUGGCAAAUAUACUUUCACGAACCUGACGGGAAGACUUUGGGACUGCUCAGCGCUGCACAAGUCAUUGGAUCGAUCGUGGGCCUCCCCUUCACCCCAAUAUGUUCAGACAAUUUGGGGAGGAGACCGACGCUUUUCAUCGGUUCACUAUUCAUGUUGGCAGGAGUCGCUGUACAGUCAGCUUCAACAUCUAUUGGCAUGUUCAUUGGCUCAAGAUGUAUCAUUCGCAAUCACUCUUCUCACUCCACUAGUCGGAUUUGGUCUCUCUUUCGCGCUUAACGCUGCGCCAUUGCUCAUCACGGAGCUGGCCUAUCCCACACAGCGUGGAAAACUGACUUCCAUGUAUAAUUCAUCAUGGUACUUCGGUAGUAUUGUCGCAGCUUGGAUAUGCUAUGCUGCGUUUCGGGCAGCAGGAGGGUCAAUAUGGUCCUGGCGCAUCCCAACGCUAGUUCAAGCAAUAGGACCUAUACUUCAGAUUUGCUUAAUCUGGUUCGUCCCUGAGAGUCCUCGUUUCCUCGUGGCGAGGGGGCGGGAAUCCGAAGCGUCGCGUAUUCUUGCUCGAUACCACGCUAAUAGCGGCGAUGAGCGUGACCCGCUCGUCGUGUUUGAGAUGGCCCAAAUCCGAUACGCGCUCAAGUUAGAGAAAGAAGUUGCGAAGUCUUCUUCAUGGUCUUCCUUGUAUUCUACCCCUGGCAACCGUCGACGGAUGACCAUUAUAAUCGCGCUCGCGAUUUUUUCACAAUGGAGUGGCAAUGGCUUGGUUUCAUACUACAUCAACCUCGUACUCGAGGGAGUUGGUAUAUCUGAUACAGGCACCAAAGCAGCAAUCAACGGUGGACUUCAAGUGUGGAAUCUAUUGGCUGCAAUGACUGGUGCCCUGCUCGUGGAUCGUCUUGGUCGAAGAACGCUCUUUAUAAUCUCCAACGUUGGCAUGCUAAUUGACUUCGGGGCAUGGACCAUCACAACAGCUCUUUACAAUACCUUAGGCAUCGCAUCCGCAGCGAAAGCAACUGUACCAUUUGUCUUUAUCUUCUAUUUCUUCUAUGAUAUUGCAUAUACACCCAUGCUGAUCGCGUACACGCUCGAAAUCCUUCCCUUCAACAUCCGUGCUAAGGGCUUCGCGGUCAUGAACUUCGUCGUAUCGCUCACGCUGGCAUUUAAUCAAUUUGUAAAUCCAUGGGCAUUGGACGCCAUUGGUUGGAAAUACUACCUUGUAUAUUGCGGAUGGCUCAUCAUUGAGCUUGUGUUUAUUGUCACAUUUAUUGUCGAGACCCGGGGACGGACGCUGGAGGAAACAGCAGCAUUGUUUGAUGGCGAACAGCAACCACAGGAUCUCGUUCAAAUGGGUGGCGAAGCAGCAACAACAACUAUGGCGGCGAGAACUACCGUACGAUUAGGAGACUCGGAAAACGAAAACGAGAAGAAUGUGACCCCUCGAGAUUUCAUGGAGUUGCGCAGUCAUGCAGGGCCAUCUGUGUACGCGGCAUAUGGAAAAACCAAAGACUACACGACCGAACAUAGGCAAUUGUAUCGAGUGAACACGUCGGAUAGUGAUGUAUUAUAGUUUUCCCACCACUGUUAUCUUGUUGGGCAUGACAAAUUGAAUUAAUACGUGAUGUAAGUAACUGUAAAAGCUAAAAUGAAAUGAAGCAUGAACACUCUGGGGCAUAC